AUUUUUGAGAUUUUUAUUUUAUUUGUGAAUUUAAUCUUUUGUAGGUAGAUUAAAAUUAAUGGAAAUCCUGUUGAGUUCGUGAUCAUCAAUGACGCUUAAUUUCAGUGUAUUACAUUAUAACUAUGAAUUUAAUUUUUUUCGUACGACGUAAAUAGGAUUCAAUUCGUACUCAAAUCAAUUGGCGGAGAUGCAUAUCUUAUGCACAAUCUGUAGUGACCUCGUCAAUCAAGCUGAGAACAUCUUCGCAACAAAAUGUGGGCACAUUUUUCAUUAUCAUUGUCUGGCACAGUGGAUCGAAAGAUCAAAAUCCUGCCCACAAUGCCGCCACAAAGUCACAGACAAGUGUAUGUUCCGUAUCUACCCGACCAUAUCCAACGAGAGCUCCGGCGAAGACGUGACCACGCUGCAGUCCCGUCUUGACGAUGCCCAACUUCAACUGCGGCAACAGAAAGCUUCGGCUAAGGAUAAGGAAGACAAGCUGGCUGCAAUCACUACGGAGUUGAAGAAGAAUGAGGAACUGUUAAAAAACUUAGAAAAGAAAUUAGUGACCAGAGAAUCUGCAAUAUCAGCCCUCAAAGAGCAGCUUGACUAUGUCAAAAUACAAAAUAAGGAGACAAAUAGACUGAAAGAAGAAAACGAAAGGCUCAAUAAGAAUAUGCAGACUUUAAAUGGUUUACAGAAAGUCUUAAAUGCGACCAGCGAUGAAGUAGAACAGAUGUUACAGGGAUACACAGAUGUUAGGACUGUUGCCACGUUUGCCACGGCAUUGAAAAGAGCCCUAUGUGAAUCGGAAUCAAAGAAGAAUGAGACAAGGGACAGGUUACAGGCAGCAAAACAGCAAAUUGGUGUAGAGAAAAACAAUGUUGCUGACCUGCAAGCAAAAUUACUGCAGUUAGAAGAAAAACUAACGCAUGCGAACCGAAAGAACGAGUUGCUAUUGAACAAGCGGAAAAUUAGCGACGUGGCCAAUAGUGAACGGGACGCCACACCCAGCCCCAAACAGCAUAAGGCCAGCCCGCGGCUUAACGAAGCCAUUAUUAUACACGACAACAAUGUCAGCUUUGAUACAAUGGUGAACAGGAUAGAGCAAGCCGACUCCCCGUAUCUGAGCCUAAAGCAGAGCAGCCUGGCGCUCUCUGCGCUACAGACGCGGCCUUCGCAAAUGCCGCCUGCUACAAAACUCAAGCCCUCAGAGAUGGCGCUCCUAAACGCAGCCAGAAACAUAACCAAAAGGGGCGCAGAGAACCAGCCUUCAAACAGCCAGCGGCUGAGCAUCUUCCACAAGAAGGAGCCAGCCAAAAUAGACUUCUCCGACGAACCUGAUAUGAACCAAGCUCAGCUAGAUAUCUCGUACGACGGCCUAGGCGGCCACUCCAAGUUAGACACGUUCCCUGUGCCAAACAUCAGGCCUCCAAUCAAGGGUUGCGUCCCUAAACUAACCGCGAAACAUAAACUGAAGCGACCCAACCCCCCGGCGGGUAGUCAAGACAUAAGUAAACUGUUGGAGAAAAUCAGAGAUAAGUAAGAUGUAAUUUAUUGUAAGCAAAAAAUAAGUAAUANAAAUAAUAUGUUAUUUUUGUAAAAAAAAAAGGAAUAGCGAGUAUUGUUCUUAAAAGCAAACAAGAUAACAUGAAAAAGUUGUGACUUUAUAAUAUUUUAUUAUUUCCCGCCUUAUCAUGAACUUAUAAUAUGUAAUUGUAAAUAGAAUUAAGAAAUAUUGGUACCUAAAUACGUGAGAUUGUUAUGAUUUGUUCAUUUGUAUGAAGUUAUUAAAAUGCAAGUUCAACAAAAA